AUGCGGCUGCCAUUGGGUUCUGCCUUUGCGGCCUGGCUCGCGCUCGGCGGCGAGGUUGUGGCCUCCAAAGAAGAGGCUCAAUCAAACGGAGUUAGAAACAUUGCAAUUAUUGGAGCUGGAGCUGCCGGGUCUUCGGCUGCGUACCAUUUGCGACAAUAUGCAGAUGAAGCAGAUGUCAAAAUCAACAUCACCAUCUUUGAGAAAACGGGACGGAUUGGCGGCCGGACGCUGACCGUCAGCGCAUUUGAUGAUCCACUGCAACCCAUUGAGCUUGGCGCUUCAAUUUUCGUGAGCGUCAACCACAUCAUGUACAAUGGCACCAAGAAUUUCAACCUGUCCAUCGGCGCCAAUUACCGCACGGCCAGUAGCCAGGACGAUAUCACUGCCAUUUGGGAUGGCGACAGCUUCGUCUACGAGACUACGGAUGGCACGUCCUGGUGGUGGGAUGCGGGCAAGCUCUGGUGGCGCUACGGCAUGAGCCCGUACCGAGCUGUCAACCUGGUCAAGGAAGUGGUUGGCAAGUUCCUCAAGUUGUAUGAGCAGCCGUAUUUCCCAUUUCGAUCGCUGACGGCCAGGGCGUACGAGCUGGAUCUGGUGAAGAUUACAGCGGUGACGGGGGAGCAAUUUCUCGCCCAGCAUAAGAUUGAUGAGGCGUUUUCGAGACACAUUAUUCAGGCGGCCACGAGGGUCAACUAUGCUUCCAACCUGGCAUAUCUUCAUGGACUAGAAGCCAUGGUCUCGUUUGCCACAGAUGGCGCCAUGUCUGUGAAUGGUGGCAACUGGCGUAUUUUUGACCAAAUGGUCAAGACCAGCGGUGCUGCGGUUUACCAUGAUACCGCCGUCUCUUCCAUUAGCUUUGCCAAAGCCAAGACUUCAUCUUCAGCCCCCAGAUAUGAGAUUUCGACACGAUCAGCCGAGGCCGAUCCAGAAGUUGUUGGUACAAUAUUCGAUGAUGUGAUCAUCGCCUCCCCUUGGCAGUUCAGCAACAUUGAAGCUGGCGAGGGCGUUAUCAAGCAUCACAUUGAGGAAAUCCCUUACACCAAGCUUCACGUCACGCUGUUUGCCUCUCCGUUUAAACUACACCCAGACUUCUUCAAGCUCCCACCCGGAUCCAAGGCACCAAGCAACGUCUACACAACUCUUGCCGAGGGCGAGGAACCGAAAGAGGGCGCUGAAGGCGUUGGUAAGACAGGUUUCUACUCAGUCAGCACACUCAGGGCGGCCGUCAACCCAAAGACGAACAAGACCGAGUUUGUGUACAAGAUAUUUUCGCCCAAGCCCGUUCCAGACACGUUUACGGCUCCGACGGAGGAGGACCGGGGCGGAGACGGUCAGAACAGCGGUGUGGACCCGAUCUCGUGGUAUUACCCGCACUGGUUUUACUCCUACCCGAUUGAGCUUCCAAGGGUGACAUUCCAGGACCCUAUCCUGGGCAGCGGGCUCUACUACACAUCUGGUAUUGAGAGCUUCAUCUCAACGAUGGAGACGAGCGCCCUGAUGGGGAUGAAUGUGGCGAGGCUCAUUGUGGAUGAUGCAGCGGGCAUUUCUCGGGCCGCAGUUCCCGGUUCUGUGAGCGAGGAAGACUUGGGGAUGCACGAGGUCAAGGUAGACUUAGUUGUUGAGGAGCCCGGUGAGCUGUAA